CGAUGACGGCAUUGGGGGCCAUUCCUGCCUUACAGUUGCAGGUACAAGCACGUCUAUUGUUGGUAGUCUACUCGGUGCGCCUAAACGACUCCCGAAAAGACGUUCUGGUACGUCAAUUGAACCAGCCAGUCACAGCACGUUCUUUUUGGACGGAAUGCAAAGAUGCUCCCCUCGAAUCACCUCCAUCGACUCUCCAACCUACUUAAACCGCCAUGCAAGAACAGGACUUAGCAGCAGGCCGCAGGAGAAGCAGAAGUCGAAGCAGGGACCGGAGCCGCAGCAGCAUUAGAAGCAGAAGCAGGGACAGGGACUCUCGUUAUCCCUCCAGCCGUCAUGAUGGCUCAGAAACCAGCAGCAGGAGUCGAGGAGGAAGUCAAAGCCCGCACCGCGAGCACAACUCCUAUAAGGGCUCCAGCUCAGACAAGUCGCCUCAUAGACUACAGCGCGAAAGAGAGCGGGAUAGGGAGUGGGAUAGGGAUAAAGACAGAGUCAGAGAAAGAGACAGGGACAGAGAUGCUGGUUAUGAGGCGAGAUCCUCGGACAGAGACUACCCCAGCCGGUCUGAUAGAAACCAGCAUAGAGGCUGGCAGUCUAGCUCGGGUCACGACAGUAAUGGACGCCAACGCCAACAGUCAAACUGGCGCAGAGGCGAGAACGAUCGCGCGCAAGGAGAUCCGCAACUUGAAAUCAUCUUGCAGGGAUUGCCCCCGAAUUGUCAGGAGGACGAUAUUCGAGCCAUUAUUGAGCAGGAUGACAUUGGGCUGGAGGCCGUUCGAUUGGCUCGCGAUCGACGCACCGGUGAAUCAAGGGGAUUUGGCUUCUUAAAGUUCCUUACGCUGCAACAUGCGCAGGAUUUCAUGAAGAAGGUCUCGCCUUCGGUCAAAAUCGGCCAGAAUUUGGUCAGAGUUGCGUACAGUAACAACCCCAGCGGUUCACGAGACAUACAGCGUCGUUGCCCUGAGUGUGGAAUGAACGAUGGUCAUCAUGAGAGCUGCCAUCAGUUUUUGUCAAGCGCGCAAGGCGGCAGCCAAUUCGAUGAUCAAACCUGGAGAGGCCAAGCGGCCGCAGCAGGGUCCCAUGUAGAUUUCCAAAACCAGCACCACAGGGCGUAUCCUUCCCAGGCAUAUCCUCUCAAUUAUCCCGCCCAACAGCCUGUUCUGAACACAGGCGAGCGCGAUGUCGGAUCAGUCCCCAACUCCAUCCUGGUUGUGACCAACUUACCGCCCAUGGUCAAUGAGUCUGGGAUCUGGAACGCUUUGUCAUUGUUGGGACCCCUUGUCCGGAUUAUGCUGGCUAAAGACAGGCAAUCUCGGAUCAGCUGGGGCUUCUGCUUUGCGGAAUACUCUGAUGUUGCGAGCGCCACGCGUGCUUUGGAAAAGUCGAACUCUGAUAACUUCACAAUUCAAACCAAGCCAGUCGAGGUUCAUUAUGCUCAUCAUGGAUCAUUUAUCCCGGCCUAUGCCCCAACACAAUGGACUAUCACAUUGGGAGAUGAAGGCAAACUGGCUAUCUAUUGGGAUGAACAGGCGUUCCUCUCAGUCUAUGUGAACCCGUCAGCAGCGACAGCAACUGCAUCCAAGCGAGCAGCCGUAUAUGUGGCUGAGAAAGCGCCUCCAAAACCAACCCCCACAGACGAACUGGACGCAUUUUAUGCUGCCAUGGGUAAUGUGCUAAACUCAGGACCAGUAUCUGGAGCGGAUGCCUCAGUUUUCUCAGUCCCUACCACAAAAGUCACACCAGCACCAACACCCACACCAGCACUAGCGCCGGUACCUGUGAUUCAGGAUCUGCCUACUUUACCUACGACAGCAAAGAUGGAUAAGGUUCAACUUGCGGGUAUUGCUGCUGCACAGGCAGCAGAGCAGCUCGCAAAGGUCGAAGAAAAGAAGCGCAAAGCUGGACAGUCCUCUAUCGGGAUCGGAGGCGGAGGAAAGAAGGUAUCGAUACAACUGCAGAAGUGGUCGAAUAAGCAAGUAGAGCUGCAAUCAAGCGAGGUGACUUCUCAAGCACCAGAGCCAGAGCCGGUCAAAGCAACAGUGCAAACUACUAGGCCACUGGAUGAGCAAAAUCCGAGUUAUGAGCCCGAUGAACUACUGGAUUUUGUCUUGACCGCGUGUCUGCUCUGUCAGCGUCGACUGAAGAGUGUUGAAGACCUACGCAAACACCAAGCUCUCUCUGAACUGCACAAGAAGAACCUUCAGGAUCCUCAGGCAAUCCAGGCAGCGCUGAAGAAGAGCAGAGGAGCAUCGUCGUCCAGCGCACAACAGCAAGAAACAUCAACUAAAAGCUCUACAUCAAGUGCAGUAAGCAGCUUUUCUGUGAAUGUAUUGCCGCAAAAGACAGAGGAGGAGCCAAAGUAUCGCGACCGAGCUGCUGAGAGAAGACAAAUCUUUGGCCAACCUGAUUAUCCAUUACCGCCUACACCCGCUGGCAGAGAGUACGGCGGACGUGGUGGUGCAGGUCGAUAUGUCGGUCAUGACAAAGGCGGUUAUGGGGACCAUGAAAUGAUUAUACCAGAGCAACCGACCAAGGAUGGUAUCAAGGAGGACAACAUUGGCAACCGGCUGUUGAAAUCCAUGGGGUGGAAGGAAGGCCAGGGCUUGGGUAAGGAUGGUGAAGGAAUCAAGGCGCCAAUUGAGGCGAGUGGAUACUCCAAAGGUGUCGGUAUCGGGGCAGGGCUCGUUCGCAAAGCUGACGGCGCCAACGAGAUCAGAGGGCCGCUAGGCAACUAUGCAGAAUCCGCAAAGGAGCUGGCUAGGCGACGGUACGAGCAAUCGCAGUGAAACAAGAGCUGUGGACGAAAAGGAGCAUCUGCCGGGACGACUUCGAUGAGUUGCACAAUUUUAGGUAGAAAACAAUAAAAGGGUCGUGCACCGCUAUCUCCU